GUAGCGGAUAUCGUAGACUUUGGGGUGACUUAACUCUACGAUGCCUGUCACAACUUCCGGAAGGAUAAUCAAGACCCGAAAGGGCAAGAAGGGUACUGCCCAUCAGAAAAAUCAUCGAUGGGAAUCUUUUACUACGAAAAUAUCAAAAUUAAACUCCCUCGACCCAUUACGAAGAGUUCGUCGACAUGACCUCGAUGCCGAAGAUACUUCUGCGACUACAUCAUAUUUCAAAGCCGGUUUGGAGAAAUGGAGCGAACUCAAUCUAUCAUCUGGAUUCAUCUCCUUUGCAGAGGAGGUCCUUCCGCUAUGCGACAGUUUACCGCAAAUUCUACAUUUCGAGGACAAGAUUAUGGGCCUCUUCGUUAAAUACAUGGAAGGAAAGCAAAGGGAAUCAUUGGAGCCAUUGUUAGAGUUAAUUACAGACUUUGCGCAUGAUCUGGGACCCCGAUUCGAAAAGCACUACGCAAAAGCACUGGAAUUGGUUACAUCGAUAGCAGGAACUCCUCAAGAUGUCGCCGUUAUAGAAUGGAGCUUUACAUGCCUAGCAUUCCUGUUCAAAUAUUUGUCGAAACUUAUUGUACCAGAUUUACGUCCUACAUACGAUUUAAUGGCACCAUUACUUGGAAAACAUCGUCAACCUCCACAUAUUGCCCGUUUCGCAGCAGAGGCCAUGAGUUUCCUCAUCAAGAAAGCUGGCGCACCGGCUCACAGAGAGAAGGCCCUUCCAUUAAUCGUACGACAUGCGAAGUUGGAUCUCCUGAGUAUCGCAGACACGAAACAAUUUGGCCUCUACUAUCAUGGAAUAAUGACCUUGUUCGCCGAGGCUAUGAAGGGUAACGGGCUAACUGUACAUACGUCUGGUCCAGCAAUCUUCAUGUCACUUUUCCUAGCAAUCGAAGAGAGUGAUUUUGGGGAAAAGGAAGCUUCGCCAUGGGUAGAUGUCAUAUGUGGUGUACUUACUAGUAUCGUUCAUCAUACCACCCCAGAGACUUUCAAGGAAAUCCUAGAAUUAGUAUUGGAAGAGGCAAAUACUCUUACCGAUUCCUUUACGCAGUCAAAGACAAUGUAUAGUUUCAACAAACUUCUACUCUCAGCCCGGACAAUAGGGAUUGUGGCUGGUGUUCGACGAGCUUCACGAGUUCAGAAUUGGCCAGCCUUGCUACAGGCAUUAUCUAAUAUCUUGAAAGCAGUUUCCAAGAACGCAUCCUUAGUCGCGGCCGACGACAAACAUUUAGAUCUUUGGAAAUACCUCAUUGAGAGUACAGCAAUCGCUCUAACGUAUUCUCCAAUGGAUUCCACAAUACCUUUAAUUUCUCCUUUCAUGGAUGCCCUUACCAAGGACCCAUUGGCAAAAUGGUUCUUGACAUUCUGCUCCUACUUGUCGCAAGGAGAGCCUGAGCGCUUCCGAACUAUUGCAUUACCUUACUUUCAAAGGUUGGUUUGGCUCAUUCAUAUAUCUCCAUCACAUGCUAACUAGACCUUAGAUUUAUUGUUACACAUUGGUCUGAUGCUGAAAACGGAGAUACCUUGUGUGUGCUAUUACCGAAGAUGGUAGCAUCAGGGGUACUUCCGAGUCGAUAUGGAAAGGAUGCAUUUUCACUACCUCAAUCUUGGCAGGACCAGAUUGUCAGCAAAUUCGAACGGCUAGAAUUACAACCUUUCCCUGAACAAGUGUCAACAGCUACUUAUAAUCGCAGUCCCAAAACAUGGCAUGAUCGAUGCUUACCUAAAUAUAAUGCUCUGUUAGAAAUUUUAGAGUGCACUGCUGUACACCCAUCAACAAACGCAAGAAUUGCAGAAAUUCUACUUCGCAAACUCAAACUUGCGCUCAGGCCAUCUUCUUCACUUGCGCCCGAGGAAGCUCAUUUCAUUGUUGGUCGAGGUUUCAGUUCCUUCUCCCGUAUGACUAAAGGAGCUGGUGAGGUUGAUAGAGCAUUGGAACCAUUACUACGUGCAGCAGCUCCUCGGUAUGCUCGAUUGCCAAAUUUCUUAGAAGCACUAUUAGGUUACAAAGCAAGCCUCAAAUUGUCCCCUACACCUGACGAGGGGAAAUCGAACGAGGAAGAGGACACGAGCGAUUCAGAAGCUGAAUUUGACCUAUUGGUGCGAUCUCUCGUAGAGAAUCUCUCAUCCGAUUCUAGCGAAUUACGCCUUCUUUCUCUACGGCUCCUAGAGCACAUUCAUGACAGUGAUCACGGUGUAUCUUCGGAAGCAAUUUCACUCAUGAUUAUGAUCGAGCAAACCCCCUUGGAUUUACAAUCUGCUCGUUCCGCUUCUAUGCAUAUCCGCAAACUGGCUUCAAUCUAUACUUCACAAAUGGCGAUACCUUGGAUGAAAUAUGCUAUACCAUCAUUCUGUUUUGGUAUGCUUACUGUGAAGAUGGCGCAGAUUUGGGAAGACACGAGUGCUGCUCUAAAACAGAUCGCUGAAUCCAAAGUCGGCGAGGAAGCAGUUGCUGUCUUGACAUUCAAAUGGCUGGAGACACCAUCAGUCAAGUGGAGUGGGCCUCCAGCCCCCAUUGAGAGAGAUCAAAACAAUGGGUUAACUGACUUCGAGUGCUCAAAUCUCAAUAAUCUAGACAAACUUGCAAACGAGACAGACUUGGAAGUCCGCAAUGCUCGUGAUACUAUGCUUCAAAAAUUUGAGGUUGCUCAACAAUUGGUUGAUGCACAGCCCAGCGCUGCUAGAUCUCAAGCGCUUCGUGUUCUGUCUGCAGUUCCUAUGAUUGGAGAAAGACGAUCUCGACAACUGAUUCCAAUGUUCCUUUCUUGGGCCAGCAAAACCUCCGAAGAAGCUGAUCAGACAAAUGAGGAGGAUGAAGCAGUUGUGAGUGAUUGGACAAGGAAGGACCAGAAGGCUCUCUUGGAUGUAUUGGGCCUGUUUGUCAAUCCAAGAUCCAUUUUCAAGACAGAUGAGGUUCACGAAGCACUUUUGGGAUUAUUGGCGAAUGGUGACAUUGAAACUCAGAAGUCUGCUUUGAAGGCUGUCUUGACAUGGAAAAACAAGAGCGUCAAGCCCUAUCAGGAGAAUCUCCUGAAUUUGCUCGAUGAAGCUCGGUUUAAGGAUGAGAUUACUAUUCUUCUUCAAGGUCAAACCUUAGUUCAACCAGAGCAUCGAGAAGCCCUUAUGCCAAUUCUUCUCAGAUUGCUAUAUGGACGCACGAUUUCUCGGAAGGGCGCAGCAAGUGGAAAGCAAGGUAUGGAGGCAAGAAGGUUGACCGUGUUAAGAAAUCUGAGUGUCGAAGAUAUUGGGGGAUUUUUAGAUAUUGCCCUUGGUGAUUUGAAAGAUCUGGAUCUAGUAAAGGACGGAGCUGUUCAAAUGUCGGUCUUUGAGAAGGAGUUGCUGGGUGCGAGGAAGCAAGUUGGUUUCACAAACAUGAUGGAAGCAGUGCUCAAGGAAUUAGCCACCAAGGUUGUACCUCUGACUCGGAAAUUACUGGAAGCAGUAUUGUACUGUUUGGUAAUCGCUUCACGCCAACUACAGGGUGACUCAACUGAAGAAAACGAAGAAGAAGAAGAGAGCAGCAAGACCUCCUUGUUCAAAGUUGUUCGACAGACUGGAUUGAAGUGUCUCAUACUCCUGUUCAACAAUUCGGCAGACUUUGACUGGUCUCCAUAUGUGGAUCUCAUUGUGACCCAAAUUGUCCAACCCAGACUCGAUAAUUUACCAAUCGAAACUGCACAAGGUGUUUCGGGUCUCCUCCGAUUGUUUUCUGCUUGGUCGGCCUCGAUGAAGACUGCUUUACUUCUUGGUAGCCACAGCCAAAUCUUGCCAAAGGUAGCAGAGUGUUUAGCACCUUCAAAAUCUAAAGAUGAAGUCAAACUAUUCGCUCUUUCCAUCAUCCGAGGUGUCGUCAAGUGUGCACAAGAGGAAGCAGGAGGAGACAAAGGAACAAUAAAGCAACAGCUUCUGGCACCGAAUAUGGAUCACUUCCUUAUUCAGAUAGGUGGUAUUCUUCGUACUCAUAACGAUAUGAGCAAAGAUUUGCUCGAAGGUUGUGUUGAAACCGUCUCUGAGCUAGCACCUUUCGUGUCAAACUCGACACAAGGGCGCAACUUGGUUGAUGUAUCAGUUUUCUUACUCGAUCAGCCCUCGCGAAGAGUUACUCCCAAGACUAAAGCCGGUUUGCUUUUGGUUCUAGAACACUUUGUACCUCUCUACGAUCUCCAAAAUGAUGUGGACCUCAAGGAUCGAGUUUACCACACUGUCACUUCUCUCUUUGGUUUCUUCAAAGACAAGGUUAGCAGAGAAGUAUUAUCACGAGUGCUGUUAGUGUACUCAGACAAAGAUCCUGUUUUGAAAGAGGUGGCAGCAUUGUGUUUAGAUCUCAAUUCUUUUGCUGAAGGACGACUUGACGAACCAGAUUACGAUCGCCGACUGAAGGCCUUCAAUGCGAUCAAUGCCAAAAGAGAUAUCGACUUCAAUUCUCACCAAUGGACACCUUUAAUUUUCAAUAUGCUCUUCUACAUCAAGCAUGACGAAGAAUUUGGAAUUCUGUCAUCGAAUUCUUCAGAUGGAGUGUGUCGAUUUAUUGAAACAGCUAAAGAUGCGAAGCAAACUUCAGAGUUUCCAGCUUUCCAAAACAUGCUUUCCACGAUCUUAAUUCCAGCCCUUUUCGCCGGUGUCCGUGAACCCUCUGAAAUUAUCCGUCGCGAAUACAUGAAAGUUAUGGCGCAUUUGAUCCGCAACUUUUCGGAUUGGUCUGAAGUGAGCGAUAUGCACAGUCUCUUGGCUGGCGAAGAUGAGGUAGAAUCUUCAUUCUUUAACAAUAUCAUUGCUGCAGGUAAAGGUCGUCAAUCCAGCGCUUUAGGGCUACUUUCCUCUGCCGCAGAGAAGGGAGAGUUAAGCAGCAAAAAUGUCAGCCAUUUCUUCAUUCCUCUCAUCGAGCAUUUCAUUUUCGACAGAGCGGAGGGCAACGAUGCACAUAAUCUUGCCGCCGAAGCUACGACUACCGUUGGAAUUCUCGCUGGUUCGUUGGAGUGGCAACAAUAUCGUGCCAUGCUGAAACGGUUCAUUGGAUAUGUUCAAGCCAAACCUGAUCUAGAAAAACAGAUCAUCCGUCUACUUGGCAAGGUUAUCGAUGCUUUGGCACUUGCAGCACAACCUCCUGUCGAUACUGACAUGGAAACUGACAAACCUAAGAUUCAAAGCAAAUUGGCGAUCACAAUGCCUAAAGAACCUAAAUUUUCAGACGACCUUACUUCAAACAUUUUGCCACCUUUGACAGAUUAUCUCCACGAUAAGGACGAAUCAACCGUCAGCUUGCGCGUUCCUGUUGCGGUCAUCGUUGUUAGGCUGCUUAUGCUUUUGCCACAGGAGAAAAUGAACGAACGACUUCCAGCCGUUUUAACCGACAUUUGCCAUAUUCUCCGUAGUAAGGCACAAGAAUCGAGAGAUCUAACUAGAGAUACCUUGGUUAAAAUUUGCGUUUUACUUGGUCCAUCUUGCUUUGGCUUUGUGUUGAAAGAACUUCGCAGUGCUUUGGCCAGAGGUUCCCAACUUCAUGUGCUCUCAUACACAAUGCAUUCCAUGUUAGUAGCCACGACACCAGAGUACGCCCCAGGUGAUCUCGACUACUGCUUGCCUUCAAUUGUCGCCAUCAUCAUGGAUGAUAUCUUUGGUGCUGUUGGGCAAGAGAAGGAUGAGGAAGGAUAUAUCAGCAAGAUGAAGGAAGUCAGGAGUAGUAAAAGUCAUGAUUCUAUGGAGUUAAUAGCCAAAACAGCUACUCUAAGCCGCUUAACAGACUUGAUUCAUCCAAUCCGAGUACUGCUGAAGGAGAAGCUAAAUACCCGUAUGGUUCGAAAGAUCGAUGAACUUUUGAACAGGAUCAGUUCUGGUUUACUCAAAAACACAGCCGCCGGAAGUCGUGAUAGUCUCGUAUUCUGCUAUGAGGUUAUCCAAGAUGUUUACAACAGUCAGAAACCCCAAGCCAAAGGAGGUAGAGAUGAUUAUAGACUUAAACGCUAUUUAAUACAAAAAGGUGCCAAGAGAGGUGCAGACCGUGGUGCUACGACCAUCUACACCUAUAAGCUUGUCAGAUUUGCCUUUGACGUUAUGAGGUCCGUUCUCAAGAAGCAUGAUAGUCUCCGAACGCCCAGCAAUCUCGCAGGCUUCAUCCCAAUCAUUGGUGAUGCAGUCGAUCAAGGAGAGGAGGAAAUCAAAGUUGCGACUUUCAAACUGCUGAGUACAAUUGUCAAGGUACCACUGAAAGUUGACGGUGAUGGGACAAAUCUUUACCGGGUCGCCACAGCCGAAGCUAUCAAAUGUAUAUCUGGAUCUUCUUCGACUACCUCGGAUAUUGCUCAAGCUGCUCUGAAAUUAAUUUCGGCUGUUCUGAGAGAUCGUAAGGAUGUUCCUGUUAAGGAUAGAUCAGUUGAUGAUAUCCUAGAGAGAAUGAAGGACGAUAUGACAGAGCCAGAGCGACGCCACGUUACGUUCAAUUUCUUGAGAGCUGUGUUGGACUCCAAGGUUGAGACUGCCGUUGUAUACGAUAUUCUUGACUACGUCGGUACAGUGAUGGUAACAAAUGACGACAAAGAUACCAGAGACUUGGCACGUGGUGCAUAUUUCCAGUUCCUUAGAGAUUUCCCGCAGAAAAAGAGUCGAUGGACAAAGCAAUUGGCAUUCAUCGUUGCAAAUUUAAAGUACGAUAGGGAAGGUGGAAGAUUGUCCAUACUGGAAGUCAUUCACCUACUUUUGUCGAAAUCUUCGCAUGACUUUGUUCAAGAAGUUUCCGCGACAUGUUUUGUGCCAUUGAUUUUUGUUCUUGCAAAUGAUGAUAGUGAGAAAUGCCGUAUGGCAGCCGGAGAAGUUCUCAAGGAGAUCUUCAAGAGAGCUGACCAGGAACGUAUGACGAGUUUCCUCACUCUCCUUCGAUCAUGGAUCAAGCAAACCGAGAAUACUUCAGUUGUUAGGUUGGCCUUACAAACCUAUGGAUUCUACUAUAAUUCUCAAUCUGAAGUGGAAGAUACAGAUGUCAAAAUCCUACUCGCAUCUGUUUCCCAGACCAUUGAAACAGCAAGCGAUCAUGAAGCAGAUUGGGAGUUAAUAUAUGCAGCCCUCCAACUUACUGCGACUAUGUGUCAGAAAUUUCCCGAUACACUCUUCUCUUCUAAGACAUCAGCUUUAUGGUCAGCUGUACGAGUAUGCUUAUCAUACCCUCAUGCAUGGGUUAAAUUAUCCGCAGCAAGGCUUAUCAGCACAUACUUUGCAGAUUUUGCAAGAACUAAUGCUGAAGCUGGCCUCGAAGGCUUGCCUCUUAAGGGAUCUCGUGGCCUCAAACUCACUGGCGAUGACAUCUCUGAUUUCAUUCGCCGCAUAGUUGGAAUGUAUAAAACACCCGGACUUACCGAAUUACUCGCAGAGGAAAUUGUUAAGAAUCUCAUCUUCCUUGGUCGCUGCGCCGGUUCCAAUAAUCUGAAAUGGAAAUCAUCUCAAAAAGCCGAUGCAGAAGAAGAAGAUUUGGAGCCUGAGGCUGAGGAUGAGGAGGAGGUUGUUCAAAACACAGCUCUACAAUAUCUUUUCGGACGCUUAUCAUUCAUAUUAAGAAGAGAAACUUCACCACCUAGAGCAUCCGCCCUAGUCCCCAAAACCUCCGCACUCCAACUCCUCCAAAUCCUCAGCAGUAAACUCGAACCAGAAUCCCUGAUUCCAUCCCUCCGCACCAUCAUCCUUCCUCUACACAAUUUGACCGAUCCCUCGAUUCCAAUGCCUUAUUCCACCGAUGAUCUCUUCCGCAGUAAUUACGAAGCGCUAAAGUCGUCUAGUGAAGAAUUACUCGAGACGCUGAAGAAGAGAGUUGGAACUCAGGAGUACUCGGAUACAUUGUUGAAGGUUAGAGAAGGGGUUAAGGAAAGGAGGGCUAUGCGGAGUGGAAAGAGGAAGAUUGCGGCGGUUAGUCAGCCAGAGAGGUUUGGGGAGGAGAAGAGAAGGAAGGGAGAGAGGAAGAAGGAGAGGAGGAAGGAGAGGGGUGCCGAACAUAGUAAGAAGAGGAAUGUUUGGUAGGUUUUUUGGUGGGUUGUGGUGUGUUGAUGGGAUGGGAUGGGGUUUGUGUAUUGGAGUGUUAUGGAUGAAAAGAGGCGUUGAUGGGUGGGAAAAUUGUAUCUGGUGCGAAGGAAAGGAAUUGAUAGUGUCGCAUUCGAGAGUAGAAUAGAAUACUAGUAAUUAUUCAAUAG